CUUUGAGAAUGGUCCUUCAAGUGGUUUCCAAAAUUUCAUAUUGAAACAAAUCUUCCCCAUUAGUCUUUUGACUAAUGGAGUAGAGGUCAAAGAAUGCUCCUCAGGAAGCAUAAUAUACAUGUUCCUUGGCUUAUGUUUGGUGUUGAGAGUACCAAAUUCUAUUGAAGGCAUUUAUAUGUUUGGCAAUAGUAUUUUUGGCAAAACCAACUUCAUCACAAUUCAGAAAAACAAAACAAAUACACCGAAUGGGUGAGGAACAAAUACAUCGUAUAGGAAUUACCACACACUCUUACCAGGGCCGCUUAUUACAUUAACAAAAUCGCCCCGAAUCACUGGCAAAAGACUCCUAUCGAGUCCGAUUGGUUCCUGCUCUUCCCUGCCAACUCGAUCGGGCAAUUUUCUUUGUGGAAAUGGCACACUCCUCUCUCUCUCUCUGUAGGACAAGCCCUCUCCCUUGGAUUUGAUUGAGCUUUUACCCAGUAAGAGUGACUUGUAGGUUGUUGAUGGAAAUUUAAGCUUCAUGCAACAUUCGACUGCUGAAAUACUUACAUACACACACAGAAAGAGAGAGGGAGCCAUGGAAGCUCUCCAAGUGCUUGAUGAAAUUCCUUUGAGAGGCAUAGUCUCGUAGAUCACUAACAGUUUCCUCUAAGAAGCCAAUUUUUUCUGGGAUUUGCAGUCUAUCUAAUUACACAAAACCCAAGUGAGAAAUAUUAACUUCAAAUUCCCAUCGAUUGGUUUGAGCUUUACUGGAAGCCCAGUAGCGUGUUAUCACAAAAUGGCCAUCUCUAUACGCCCGGUACUGCCAGGUUUCCAUAUGAAGAAUCUCCAAUUAUCAGGCAAACGUCACAAUCACAAGAUGAUCUAUUUUAGGGCUUGUCAAGCUGCCAAACUUUCACCCAGCAAAGAGGCUCUACAAGUGAGCAUCCCAUUGGUGAAGAUGUGCGGAAUUACAUCUGCUAAAGAUGCUGCGGUUGCCAUAGAGGCUGGUGCUAGUUUCAUAGGGAUGAUUGUAUGGCCCAAUUCCAAACGAUCAGUAUCAAUCCAAGUGGCACAAGAAAUAUCAAGGGUUGCAAGAGAUAAUGGGGUAGACCCUGUGGGAGUUUUUGUUGAUGAAGAUGCAGACCAGAUAUUGAAGGCUUCUGAUGCAGCCAAUCUUGAGCUUGUGCAGCUUCAUGGAGAUGGUGCUCGGGCUGCUUUUCCUAUCGUGUCACAACAUAGGUCGGUCAUAUAUGUUUUGCAUGCUGAUGAAUCUGGAAAGCUUCUCAAUGGGAUAUCAGAUGAUGAGUCCCUCGCUUCGCCUGACUGGGUUUUGGUAGACAGUUUGUGUGGUGGCAGUGGGAAAGGAUUUGAUUGGAGAAGAUUUAGUUUACCUCAUAUUAGCACCAAAAAUGGAUGGCUUUUAGCAGGUGGGUUGAACCCUGAGAAUGUAAGCGAGGCUGUUUCUGUUCUAAGACCAGAUGGAGUUGAUGUGAGCAGCGGUAUUUGUGGCUUCGAUGGGAUCGAGAAGGACCCUAGUCAGAUAUUCUCAUUCAUGAGUAACAUCAGGUCAAUGAGGAAGCAACCAUGACCUCUUGUUUUGUGCAGAGAGAGAGAGAUAGGAGCUCCCAAAAUUGCCAUUUUCUUUUUGGUGAUUUGGUUCAGUUUUCCAAGUUUAAGUGCAGAAAUGGAAGAGGUAAUUUUUUAGAACCUCUGAAUUAUUGUAUGGAAAACGUUUAAUAUCUAGAAAAUUUUUAAAUUUAUAUGAAUAAAUAUUGUUUAAUCUUUUAAA